AUGCGGGCCAGCGUCCACGCACGUGUGCCCAAACUGUCCGCAAACAAGGCCAGAUUCGAUGAGGUGUGCAAGAAGUACGGUAUCCAGGCGAGAGGUAAGCUGCCCAUUCUCUCAUUAUUUACCCUUAAUCUCUUAUCCUCCCCAUCCUUUGAUUCCUAAAAUUGGACACGAAAGUACAGUGCGUGACCGAUCUUAUGAAAUGUUAGCCAAAAUUCUGUAAUGCGUUUCCGAUUAGGAAGGAUUACUUAAAUGUGGUUGUUAUACUGAUUAUCUUGAAGCAUAACCCUAUAACAUUUCGGACUCGUCAGGAUGUCGGCUUUUGAAUGCACUGCUUUUUGACCUUCUGCAGAAACCGCACUUGGUAAAAAAUGACUACUUAAGUAGCAUGAAUUUUUCUUAUUGAUUCUCGAUGGUCUUAUAGAUUCAAAUAUAUUUUAUAGAAACCAUGCACAAAAAUAUACUAUAUUUGGCUCACUUGGUAGGAAAUCACAUUGUCUUCAUAUUUUAUGCCCGAAGGGAGUGUAUGUUUUGUUUUUAAAAAAGUUUCCCAAUUUCCGAAUAAUUUUUUCAGCCUGAUCUGCCAUUGAAUCAGUGUUUGGCAUUUUCAGUCUACAAGGUGCAUGUAUUCCACGUAAGCAAAAUCAUAUGUUCCUCUAUGUCUUUAAGAAGAUACAACAUAGAGUUCAUGAAAUUUUGCAAUGGAUCCGAACUGUGUUGUACACCUCAUAAGUAGCAUUAAUAAACGGACAUGUGCGGUCUUGCAUGCAUAGACAUCACACUGUCUUAUAAAUCUCAUAAUUAGAAACUUUUAAAACCAAAAUAUACACUUCCUUCGGGCAUAAAAUAUAUGGAAAAUCUGAUUUCCUACCAAGUGAGCAAAAUAAAGUAUAUUUCUGUGUAUGGUUUCUAUAAAAUGUAUUUGAAUUUAUAAGAAAAAUGCAUGCUACUUAAGUGGUCAUUUUUAUCGAAUGUGGCUUUUGCAGGAGGUCAAAAAGAAAUGAAUUCAAAAGCCGGCAUUCUGACGAGUCCGAAUUGUUAUAGGGUUAUGCUUCAUGAUAAUCAGUAUAACAACCCCACUUAAGUAAUCCUUCCUAAUCGGAAAUGCAUUCCAGAAUUUUGGCCAACAUUUCAUGAGGUCGGUCACGCACUGUAAGUACCAUCCCCCUGAAUUACAUUCAUAUACCGUCUGCAUACUGCAGAUGUGCUAACUCAUAAAAUGCUAACCAAAGUGCGUUUUUGACUCGAAAAGAUAGCCUAAGUGGUGUUGUUAUUUUAAUCAAUAUGCAGCACAAUCUCAUGACAAUGCAGUUAAUUCAGAAUGCUGGCGUUUGGACGAGCUUCUUUUUGGCCGCCUGCAAAGGUUACGCUUGACAACAAUGACUACUGUAGUAGCAUGAAUUUUUCUCAUUGAUUUUCGAUGUCCUUAUAAAUUUAGAUAUAUGUCGUGAAAAACAUGUAUAAAAUAUUUUUUUAGUUUGCUCAUUUAGUAGAAUAUUACAUCCUCUCCAAAUCGUAUACUUGAAGAAGGGUAUAGUUUGGUUGUAAAAAGUUUCUAAUUAUGGGACUUUUGAGACCGUGAAAUGUACGUUCGUAAAAUAUCCAGCCUCUGCGUUUACUAGUGUUGCUUCUAAAGUUUACACUAUGCUCAAGUCCACUGAUAAAUUUUAUGCACACCUAUACAGUCUCCUCUCAGUACAGUAGAGAAAUGUAUGAUUUUGCGGGCUCGGAAAAUAUAAGCCUUGUAGUUUGGAUACUUUGAACGCAAGUGUAACAGCAUGUCGGUUACAAAAUUAUUCCGAAAUUGGAAAAGUUUUUUAAAACCAAAUUUCGGGACCUCUCAUUCAGCUGCGUACGGUCAUUGCAUAUUUGUAUGACAAGGCAAACUGUUCAAUCGACGAUCGACCUAGAGAGAUAAAACGCGAUAGGUAACCUGAUGCAUGGGUCUAGUAUGCGGGUGCAUAUGGCGAGGGGGAGAGAAGUCAUCCAAGUAUGAGAGAUAGGACUACAGUGAGAACUUGUUCGGCGUGAUUUAGAGUGCAACGCGCAGGCAGCAUUCAGUCAUGCCGGGGCAGCUGCAAUACGGAGGAGGAAACCAGAGCUCUGUAAGCAGUUGGACCACGUUAUAAACCUGGCACUACCAUGGUAAGAAUCGAUUAUGAAUGAAACCCUGCGCCCAUAUACGCCCUCUUAUUCCGCCCCCACCCCCCCUCCCCUCCCCAGCAUGACUGAAUGCUACCCGCGCGUUGCACUCUAAAUCACGCCGGACAAGUUCUCACUGUAGUCCUAACUCUCAUAAUUGGAUGACUUCUUUCUCCCUCCCUCCUCGCCAUAUGCACCCGCAUACUAGACCAAUGUUUCAGUUUACCUAUCGCGUUUUAUCUCUCCAGGUCGAUCGUCGAUUGAACAGUUUGCCUUGUCAUACAAAUAUGCAAUGACCGUACGCAGCUGAAUGAGAGGUCUCGAAAUUCAUGACGUCAGUAAAUACUGCAUGCUUUGUCGCUUUUGCCUUAUUCAAAUUUAUUCCGGGAAAACUUUGCUUCAAUAAAACCAAAUUGUACACUUCCCUCAAAUAUGGAAUUUGAAGAAAACGUUAUAUUCUACCUAAUGAGUAGAAUAAAGAAUAUUUUAGUGCAUUUUUUUAAUAAAUACGUCUAAAUAUAUAAGGGCAUCGAAAAUCAUUGAGAGAAAACUCAUGCUUCUACAGUAAUCAUUGAUGUCGAGUGUAACUUUUGCAGGCGGCCGAAAAGAAGUUCGUUCAAAAGCCAGCAUCGUGAAAUAAGUGCAUUAUCAUGAGAUUUUGCUGCACGUUAAUUGAUAUAACAACACUGCUUAGGUAAUCUUUUCGAGUCGAAAGCGCAUUUCAGAAUUUCGGCUAACAUUUUAUGGGUUAGCACAUCUGCUGUAUUUGAUUUAGGUAGUUGCAAAAAGUCAUUAUUCGGAGGUGCCUGCACGCACGCUUUCACGCGACCAAUUGGGUGACUAUCAGGAUACUGGCUGAGACUAGAAAAUCAACAGAAACGGUAAAAUAAGGCGUAAACAGACACCGUAGGUCUCACAAUUUGUGGCAUAAAUUUGCUAACCGGUGUAAUAGUAGACACUGAAAAAAUGGCGAAUGUCUGUAGCAAUGGUAACGACAUGGGAGAAGAUGCGUUGGACACCUAUAGUAAGUGGGCUCAAUCAGGAAAUGUCAACAGAAAUUCUGAAAUGUGCUGUAGUUUCGAAAAGAUUAAUUAAGUAGGGUUGUAAAACUAGUCAGCCUGCAACAUAAUUCCAUCAUAUUUCAGUUACCUCAGGAUGCCGGCUUUCGAACAAAUUUCUUUUUGACUGCAUCAAAAAGCCAUAUUCCGUAAAAAAUGACUACUUAAGUAGCAUGAAUUUUUUCUAUUGAUUUUUGAUGCCCUUAAAGAUUAAAUUAUGUUUCAGGGUAAACAUGCACAAAACAUAUUAUUAUGAUUAUGACACUUGAGGGAAGGGUAGAAUUUGGUUUUACAAACCUUUUCCGAUUCCUGAAUAAUUUCAAACCCAACCUGCCGUUACACUUGCAUUCAAGGUUCACAAACUUCAAGUCGUAUAAUUUCCGCAUACGGAAAACCACACAUUUCUCUACAGUACUAAAAGGGGACCAUAUAGGGUUCAUAAAAUUUAGUAGUGGAUUUGAGUCACAUCGUGAACUAUACAAACCACAUUCGUAAAUGCAGAGGCAUGAUGUUUUAUGAAGAGCCAUUUCACGGCAUUAAAAAUCUCACAAUUAGAAAAUUUUUAAAAUCGAAUUAUAUACUUCCCUCAAGUGUAAAAUUGAAAGAAGACGAAAUUUUCUACUGAAUGAGCAAACGAAUAAUUAUUUGUAUGCAUGUUUACCAAGAAAUAUAAUUGAAUCGUCAAGGACAUCGAAAGUUAAUGAAAAAAUGCAUGCUAUUUAAGUAGUCAUUUUUUACGGACUAUGGUUCUUAGAUGCAGACAAAAAUAAAUUUAUUCGAAAGCUGGCGUCCUGUGGUACCUGAAUUAUUAUCGAAUUAUGCCGGAGGCCGUUUAGUUUUACAACCCUGCUUAAGUAAUCUUUUCGAAAAUAAAACGCAUUUCGGAAUUUUUGUUGACAUUUCCUGAGUUAGCGCACCUACUGUACCAGUGGUUUGGCGGUUGACCGGUAGAAAAUCAUCGAAGGACCGAGAUGUCUACUGGCACUCAUAUCCAAUCUCACUGCCCAUUAGCUGAAAACAGAUUGAUUGCUGCGAUUUAUGGCCCCUCAUGUAUGUAAGAAGAACCUGACACCACAUGGGAUCCCAACGGCGACCUAGCCACCGUCCACGUGGUUAAGAAGGAAGCCAAGGGACAGAGAUAACGCAGAGGAUGACAAUGUUCUACAAGAGUAAUGUACGCUUUCUCCAAAUUUGUCGGCAACCGGGCCCACGGCCUACAGCUUGAAGUCAUGAAUUUGAAUAGUCGCUGGCAAUAUAACAAUUUGACCGUUGUUUCUGACGAGUUCUACCGUUUACCCCAUAACAGGGCGGGCCCAUGCGCCGUGAAUUGCUCGUCAACUAAUUUAUAAUGAUAAUGAUCUUGCGUUGCAUCCACCGUACUCCCUUCUCCCUCAACCACCUCAGUCCAGUGUCAAGACGGAGUCAAGAAGACCGGAGAUAGGAAAGGACGCAAGUGGCUGUCGCAGAGAAAGCCCGCACCUAGGCAUGAACUGCCACAUCCCCUGUUCCAUAACGGACACUGAGCAGGAUUUUAUACACGAAAAAAAAUAAAGGGAGGCGGCUCGGAUACCAAACGCGCAGCUUGGUCUUUCAGCUGAGCGUGCCACAACGUCCCUAAUGUUGGCACUUGUUAUGAGUGACCAUUCUAGAUAACGCCUGCCGGAUCCCGAUCUAGCCCCGUAUUGCACAAGCGCAUCUACUGCGUGGCGCGUUGCAGGAGCAAACGCACGCACGAGAGUUCGGCCGCCGUGAUCGACGAUGUCCACACCCUGUGCCCCACAGAAAGGCGAGAGCGGAAUGGUGAAUGGUACGUGAGUUAGCUUAUAGUGGUAGUAGACCUGCACAGCAUCUACGGUACUCUCUCCUCCCCCACCUGGACGCGGUGUCCAGACAUAGUCAAGAAGACCGGAGGCGGGGGGGAGAGGGCGCAGGUGACUGACACGGCGAAAACCCGCACCUAGGCGUGCCACCACACUCCCCAUGAAUAGGCAUUGUUAUGGGUGCGCAAUCCAAUAACAUGCGCCGUACCCUGACCUGGUCACUGUGUUGGUUCAAUACAACUACCAUGUGGAUCCUUGUAGCGAUUAGGCUGGCAACAUAAAGAAACAAAAGUGGACGUUUUGGUAAAAGGAGCGCGCACCGAUCGCGCUAGGGAACUCACACCUCCCGUUGUGCCUUGGGGCUCUCUCUCGAGUACCGCCAGCAGCUACACAGUGAUGCGUAAUACAGGCAAAAUAACGUUACAGACAAAGACAAGGGAGACUGGAAUAGCCAUCUUUGACUUAUUAGCCAUCGUCGGCCAGCCACAGCCAACCCCGAGGUGUCGAACCCCUGGGACUCGAUCUCGUGAUAUGUUGGUUAGAAGUCCAACGCCCCCAACCACUGAGCCACAGACUCAGUGGUUAGAGGCGUUAGUGGGUGUUUUCCAGCGACCAUGCUAGUGAUUAGCACGAAACCAAUUCUGGACUAUAGACCCAGUCGGGACAUCUGAAGAGGUUUGUCCUGAGGGAUUUUCCCCAAGGUAACGCGUAAUUUCAGAGGAAAUUAAAGAUACGACCUUUGUUAUGCAUUUUGAACGAGCCUGUAUAGUAUGCCAUAUCUGCGGUGGUUUGCUUAGACAUUCUGAAAUGGCAUGACUAGUGACUCGAGUCAUCCGGUUAUCGAGAACUCGAAUCCAGUUCUGUAGCCAAGGUGUCGAGUAUUCAGGUAUUAGUAUUAGUUGGUGGCGUCUGAAAUUUUACUACUUGCUCUACUGCCUUUGCUGGUGUUGCAAUAUUGCGGGUAGACCUUUGGCCGCAAAACACUCUAUAUCGAAGACACGAAGUCCCUCAGUUUACCACAAGGUUUCCUAUCGCCUCCUCCUAGAGAUAGUGCAGCAUCUCUGGUAUAGCAUUAUGCCAUCUACCGUAGCAUGGUUUUCUCGCGUGUUAGUUGCCAGAUACCCCGAAUAAAACAAUUUCAAACAUCCAUAGACAGGCGGAUGUAAAAUGUAAUCAGGAAAUCUAUAAUUUGCCAAGUUCUGAAUGUCUCUAGGUUCCUCCGAAUCGCGUUUGACGAAUUUACGUAAUUGUUUUUAACGUUAGAUCAGAAGUUUUUGAAUGAUUGUGUGCAAAGUUAACCUCUAAACAUGUAAUGCUGCCAGUACGCUGAAAAUUGGCAGGUUAAGCAAGAGUAGUGAUGUAGUCUUACCAUUCCUCCAGUCUUAAAGCUCUCCGUACUCAUGUUUAGCUUGAAAUUUGAAUCGGACACUCGUAAUAUGGACUCCGCCCCAUAAUGAGGGUAGCCUCUCGUUAAAUUCCAGAGGAGUUCCUGCUCCCUUAUCCUAACUUUAAUCGCAAUCUCAAAACUUAUCUUAAUCCUAACUUUUACGAUAAACAUAACCCAAACUAUCAACCCCGAGGAAUUUAGUACAAGGUCGACUGUAGUGUGGGAGGAUCGGCAUUCCUGUGUUUAAGCAAAAUUUUCCUGCGUCGAUGACCAAAUAUGCGAUCUCACCGCUUAGUUACCGUAACAUGCCUGCUUAUUUGAUUUAAGUAGGCAUGUUAUGUUGGUAUUCGUUUCUGGCUAAGCCUAAGAACAUGAUUAAAGUUGGGGUUAAGGUUGAGGUCAGGUCGAUGAUUAGAUCCAGGGAAAGGGGUAGAGUUAAGGUGGGGGCUAGGAUUAAUUAUACCUUCCACACACCGUGCCGCCCGAGGCCUUCUUUGACUCAUAACCUCGAAUUAACUGUUUCUGCUCGUAUACACAGCCCCACUUCGCAUCUUUCUAAUUGUGUGGUCUGUCCCGGUAGUUCGUUGAAAUAAUAAAACAAACCUAUGGCAGAAAUGUGGGUUUCUUCAGUGUCUUCCACAGCUUCCAUUAAUUACUGCAUCCAUCCCCCCUACUGAUAAAAAUAUUAUGAACACCCUUCUCGCAUUACAGGCGUUUUUGCGCUCUAUUUUCCCAGAGAGCUUGUAUAUUCACCUUACGCUUUCCUCGGUAAAAGAGUUGGGUUGUGCCAGUAUUCCACUCCUUUCCGGCUUUUUGCAAACAGGGAUCCACGGAGAACACACAGAGUCUAUCGGCGGAGUCUAUGACCUGAGCAAUGAGCGUCGUCUUGGUCUGACCGAAUUGCAAGCCGUCCGUGAGAUGGCCGUGGGAGUUGAGGAGAUCCUGAAGAUUGAAGCCUCGCUGUGA